UCUAUCUUCACUCAGUUAUCCUUUGAAUUCCUGGAAAUAAUUUGAUCAUCAUUGGUUACUAGAAGCAGACAAAUGGGUUUUGCAAAUACCCAAUUGUUUCUCCAACUUGUCAUUUUUCAUUUGUUGAUGCUUAGAGGUUACUCCAGCUCCAGUUCUGAGAGGCAUUUCGUCGAACACGUUGCGCUCUUCGUUUUCGGUGACUCACUUUUCGACCCCGGAAACAACAACUACAUAAACACUACAACCGACUUCCAAGCCAACUUCUGGCCCUAUGGCAUCUCAUACUUCGAUCCUCCUUCAGGCAGAUUCUCCGAUGGCCGUCUAAUCCCUGAUUUCAUCGCUGAGUAUGCGGGACUACCUAUCAUUCCGACAUAUCUGGACCCCCGGAAUAAUGAAUUUGUGUACGGAGCUAACUUUGCAUCUGGAGGAGCUGGUGCAUUAGUUGAAAGCCAUGCUGGAUUUGCAGUUGAUCUUAAAACACAAUUGCAGUAUUUGUAUGACUUGGAGAAACAAUUUAGGCAGAAUUUAGGUGACUCGAAAACGGAUAAGCUGCUGUCGAAUGCGGUCUACUUGUUUAGCUGCGGUGGCAACGACUAUUUAAGCCCGGUCGGCAACAACGACAGCAUUCUCUAUCCGUAUACGCAUGAUCAGUACGUAAGAAUGGUGAUCGGAAACAUAAGCGAAGUGUUCAAGGGAAUUCACGAGAAAGGAGGAAGGAAAAUUGGAAUCGCUACAGUGGCGCCGUUAGCCUGCUGGCCAAGCGUUCGUGCAGAACGGCCUGGAAAUACUUGCAACGAAGAACUCGAUGUGAUAACAAGUCUGCACAAUCAGCAACUUUCUAAGAAACUUGUAGAACUGGAGGAAGAGCUAGAAGGAUUCAAGUACGCGUUAUUCGACCUCAACACUGAGGUUAGCAACAGAAUGAAGAACCCAUCAAAAUACGGUUUUAAGGUGGGAGACACUGCAUGUUGUGGAAGUGGUCCCUUCGGAGGCAUUUACAGCUGUGGAGGGAAGAGGGGAGUAACAGAAUUUGAUUUAUGUGAUAAUAUCAAUGAUUAUUAUUUCUUUGACUCUAAUCAUAACAAUGAAGUGGCGAACCGUCAAUACGCAGAGCUGUUAUGGAACGGAGAGUCCAGCGUCACGGCUCCUUACAAUUUGAAAGAACUGUUUCUUCCUCAAGUGACCAAAGAAAGCUUUUAAAAAAGCGUUCAUGUUGUUACUUCUUCAACUUUGUUAUAUUGUUUGUAUGGAAAUGGCAUUUGUAUUAGAUAUGUAACAUAUGGCAUAAGUGAUUAAGGCGCAACUGGUGUUGGAAUUCAAACAUCACCUCACUUUCUUGGAGGUUGUUUAUGGUAUUUUCUUUGACUUUGAAUUA